GAGAAAGCGCCGCCUGACAGACCGCGCCGAGGGCAACGCCGCCCCCGCGGGGAGUACCGGACUUCCUGCUCAGCUCCGCGUUGGGUUUCCCUGCGAAGCUCCCAGGACCGCGCGGUGGCAGAAGCAGUAGGUAGGCGGCGACGCCCUGUCCUCCUGCCGCGGCAAUUAGCGCCUGAUUAGGCGAAUCAACGCGGGGUCGAAACCGAGGCGGCGGAGGAAGGGAACGCCGGGCUCGCGGACAGCGUCGCGCCGCAGAUCGGGCGGGUUAGCCGGCAUCGCGCUAGCUGAGCGCGGCGGCGCAGGAGACGCUUCGGGGUGUUUUAACUUCUCAAGGCUCCGAAAAUACGCCCGAUAAGACUUCAGGCAACUUUUCUCGACGAACCCGGAGAGCGCGAGUAUGCGGCCGCAGCCCCGGGCCUUGUAGGAUGAAGAGUCCGGCGCAUCGCACCCGGGACAUCGAGAGGCAGGCCGACUACCUGAGGCCCGAGCACUGCGCCCCUCCCCCGCCGCGCAACUCCUCCGGCACCAUGUGGUUCAUCCGCGACGGCUGCGGCAUCGUGUGCGGCGUCAUCACCUGGUUCCUGGUCUUCUACGCCGAGUUCGUGGUGGUGUUCGUCAUGCUGCUGCCCGGCAAGAACGUGAUCUACACCCUCUGCAACGGCGUGAUCUUCAACGGCCUCGCGUUCCUCGCGCUCGCCUCUCACGCCAAGGCCAUGUGCACGGACCCGGGCGCCGUGCCUAAAGGGAACGCUACCAAAGAAUUUAUCGAAAGCCUGCAGCUCAAACCGGGACAGGUGGUGUACAAGUGUCCCAAGUGCUGCAGCAUAAAGCCGGACAGGGCGCACCACUGCAGUGUGUGCAAACGCUGCAUCAAGAAGAUGGACCACCACUGUCCCUGGGUGAACAACUGCGUCGGGGAGAACAACCAGAAGUACUUUGUGCUCUUCACGAUGUAUAUUUCACUAAUAUCCUUCCAUGCGCUAAUCCUGGUGGCCCUGCAUUUUGUGUUCUGCUUUGAAGAUGACUGGACAAAGUGCAGUAACUUCUCCCCCCCGGCUACGGUCGUCCUCCUCAUCCUCCUCUGCUUCGAGGCUCUCCUCUUUCUGCUCUUCACCGCGGUCAUGUUCGGCACCCAGGUCCACUCCAUCUGCAGCGACGAGACGGGCAUCGAGCAGCUCAAGAAGGAGGAGCGACGAUGGGCCAAACGGUCCAAAUGGAUGAAUUUGAAGGUGGUGUUCGGCCAUCCGUUCUCGAUAGCCUGGCUGAGUCCCUUCGCUACACCCGAUCACGGCAAGGCAGACUUGUACCAGUACGUCGUGUGAGGGCCGGACGUCCGACUGGGCGCUGCCGUGGACAGAGAUGGAACUCCUCUUAACCACCUCUACGUUUUCCUUUCGUUUGUGGAUAUUAUCUAUAUUUCAGAAACCUGCGGUGGUUAUUUAAAGAAAGAAAAAAACAAACAUGACAACCUUCCGUUCUUUUCUAUUGCAUUGUUUCCCUCUUGCUGAUGACUGAGAUUAUCACGGUUCCGCUCUGCGAAGACCAGAAGGAGACGUUCUAAGAAAGACACUGAGGUCCUCGUGCAGCAUGUCGGAUCCUUGCCUGCUACCAAGUGUUUGCCGUCUGGGCGCCGAGAUGGACUCGUGGUUCUGUGCGAGUUGUCAGGAUCCUCUUCAUUGACUGUAUUCCUGUACGGAUGAUUUGCCUUAGAACAGCGCAUCAGUAUUUUUAAAACACAUUCUAUCAUUUUUGCCUUAACGAGAUGGUCAGUGUGAGACAGGAUCGUGGUGGUUUAUUGCAAUCUUUCAUUUUUACUUGUUGUGUCUUUCCUUAGUGCUGGAUAGGUAGAAUCUUAAAGUCCGGGUUGAUUUGGCAUCACCUGUGGUUACAAGGGGUGACAACAAGUGCCCUUUAAUACUACAGUUACACACACACACGGACAAGCAGCCGAUGUUGAAUCUAAUUACAUGCUCAAGAUUGAAAAAUGUGAAAGGAAACCCACAUAGCCAAACCAAAGAGGGGGAAGCUUAAACUUCAUUGACUUUAUUAUGCGCGUGGAGGUCGUCUUAAUGAGGCGCGAGAAUGACGGACUCCUCCACUAACCAAGAAAAACACUACGCAGGUAAAAAGUGGAUUUAUCUACAUUGAAAGCCCUCUUGCUAAAAAAGGCCUGAACAUAAAUAGAAUCAGAACGGUUUCAUUCCAUAAAAGUCUGAUAGGAUUAUGAAUGAUACUUACUUGUAAUGGUGUACGGCUUGUAAUGGUGGAUGGUUUUACAAUCCAGCAACUAGUUUGCACAGUGUCCUUCUCUUGACUAUUUGGACUCUUUGUUUUCCAACCAUGUAAAUCACAGGCGAGUAGGAGGUCGGGGACUAAAAACGGUUCACGUUGCUCUCUGAAUGCACCGACCCCGAGUGGAAUUCACUGGGUCUGUAAUUGAUGGAAUUUGCUUGUGGAUAAUCCAGUUUGUCAUAGGUUGCAGUCGUGAGCCUGACUGGAGGGAUAAAAAGCCUUACAGGAUAAAAUGCUGAAAUUUAGGCCAUUGGAAAUUGUUCACCGAGGCCUGACGGCCCACAUUUGAAAUGCACAUGUUAACUGUUGCGGCUGUGAAAGGAUGCCGGACCAGUGCGAGGAGAAUAUUUUACCUUUGGUGAGGAAAUGACCCAGUGACCAACACUAUAAAUGCCUUUGCUCUAAUGUGUUUGAAAGCCUUACUGUAUUUUUAAAAUUGGCGUUUUGAAGAUUAUUAAAGGACAUAUGUUGCCAAAUUUACUGCUGAUUAAAGGCAAUAAAUCUACCAUUUCAGGAGUUAACCACAAUCAAGUGCAACGUUUUCUUAAGGUUCUUUUAACAUUACUGGAGUUUUUUGUGACGAUCUGAAGAUGCAAUGGUUACUAUCCAGUUUACACAUACAGUUCACCAGCUUUCUUAAUUUCUUUUUCUUGAAUUGUUUAAUAUAUAUUUUGCUGUCCGGUAUGAAUACUAUUUGUAGUACUUACACUUUUUUUUCUCACUCUGGUGUUUGUUUAAAGGGGAAUUAAAUAAAACUAUGUAUGUGACUUUCUAUAAGCUUUGGGGUGUUUGAUUGACCUUUUUUAUAUUUUAGCAAAAAAGGUAAAAGAGAUUUGGAUCCUUUUAAAAUCAGGGACAGUUUACUGUGGGGGGGUUAGUGGCCAUCCAAUCCCCGUACGCCCAAAGCGAGAGCUGGCCGGGACAGAAGACCCUGGACCAUCUGGAGAGCUUAGAUCUCCUUUGGGUCCUCCAGUCAGAGCUGGUAGAUGUGGCCACAAAAAAGGGAAGUUUGGGGUUUUCUGCUGGAACUGCUGCCACCGCGAUGAGGGGGAAAAUAACAAGAAUGUACUGUCUUUGAUGUAAAUAAAAAUCAUUUUGAAAUUUGUAAUGAAGUAAUUCAAAUGACUAACAGAAAUUUGUAAAUGACAUACAAAAAGUAUAUAAAGAUUGUAUAAAUAAAUUUCAUAAUUCUAA